UUGGCUAGAUAUUAUAGAAUACGGCCCUGUAUGUUGGAUGGGAUGAUUUUUUCUGAGGGGAAAUGUGAAACAACAGCAUAUGUCAUUAUGAGACCCUGUCCCCUGACAACAUAUGUCAUUCUGUUUUCAGAUUUUGUGUUGACCUGUGCAUUUAUUUUGGCUUCUUUCAUUUCAUAUUUGCAUGGGUCAAAGAAAAUGAGCUGGCAAAGAUGUUGAACAUCAAACGGAAAAAUAUGAUUUUGCUUCUACAAUUUCUAGAAAAAGAGAAGUUACUGAAAAGAGAAUUGGUAAAGAGAGCACAAGUGAAGACAAUUGAUGCUGUAGCAAAGAAGGAAAAUGGUACUUUCAAUAUGCUUGCAGGCGCCUACUGCUGCUUGGACUACUCACGGGUAGUCGAUGUUACCAGAUAUCAGCUUGAUCGCAUGAAGGAAUCAUUCAACGAGAAACCGGAUUGUAGCACAAUGAUUGAGGAUUACAUGUGUUGUAUUUGUAAAAGAAGUUACUCAGCACUUGAUGCUGUUCAUCUUAUAAGCAACACUGGCAACACUUUUCGCUGUGAAAGUUGCAAAGGAGAAUUAGUUGCACAAAGUGGAGAUUACACUUCAAGAAGGGAAAGCCGUGCAAAGUCUGCAAAUAUGCUAAUAAAGAGUUUGAAGGAAGAAUGGAAACCAAUUGAAUUGCAGCUCAAUAUAUUGAAUGAUGUGUCUCACCCAGACUUUAGGACUGUAGAACAAUGGCUGCAAACAAAUAUGAUUGAAUUUGUAGCUGAUUCAUCAAGCAACAAGACCAAGGUAAAAUCCUAUUGUUAUAUAUACAACAUUAAGUUCAAUAAUUUAGGAAACACGUCUAUGCAUAGACAGAUUUCAGGGUAUUCAAGGAAUGUUAAAAGAUAUGAAAUUAUAUCCAUUUACUAUGACUCUUGCUUUCCAAGACUUUCUAUAGUUUGUACUUCGCCUGUAUAAUUUUUUAUAAUGUCAGGAAAUUCAAUUUACAUUAUGUCCUGUUUUCAUUAGUUUCUGGGUUACAAUAGAAUACAAUGUAAAUUAGUGUGGCAACAUGCAAGUUUAAAGUUAAUGUUGUAAUGUUCCACUUCUGGUACUAUGCUACUUGUACUGAUGGGUUUGGGCAUCAUAUGAGCAGUACCCCCAGUUUUUGGACUU